CUCAUGAACAAGUGUGUAUCAAGUACUCGGAUGUGAACAACGCACUUCGUGAAGCCAAGGCAAGGCUAAGUUACCAGCACCCAUACGGAGCCAAUGACCACCUACCUGAGCCGAUGCACAUUGCACCCACUGCUGAGCUUACGCUCAUGGUCACCAAAAUACUCGCUACUCAGUUCCGUAUGUCACACGAUGAGAUCAUGAAUGGCCUUCCCUUGGUCGACACGUCCCGAACGGAGAUCUGGGACAUUUGUCCAGCCCACGUGAAGCCCAUCCCUUGUACCGUUGAACGGUACCGCACCAUGGACGGACGGUGCAACAACAUCAAGAAUCCUUCUUGGGGCGUCACCAACACGCCCUUUGUCAGAUUUUUGCCGCCGGUGUACAAUGAUGGUAUCGAGGGCCCUCGUCGUGCUAAAGACGGCGCAGAACUGACCAGAGCCCGUGUGGUCAGCAAUUUUGUUCAUAAGGACCAUGACAGGCCGAACCAGCAACUCUCCAUUCUCGUCAUGUCUUGGGGACAGUUCAUAGACCACGACCUUACACUGGCAGCUCCACCAAGAGACGAAAGAGACCUGGACUUCACGUGUUGUGGUAUCCCCAAGAAGUACCAGCACCCUCUUUGCAUGACCAUCGAAGUGCCCGACAACGACCCGUUCUAUGGCCAGUAUGGAAGAACAUGCAUUGAGUUCAAAAGGUCACUGGCUGGACAACGACCUGGGUGUGCCUUGGGUCCUCGUACGCACAUUAACAUCCUGACACAUUCCAUCGAUGCCAAUUUUAUCUAUGGCUCGUCGGAUGCACUUGCACGCAAGCUGCGGAUGUUUCAAGGCGGACUGAUGAGGGUGUGGGAUCGUUUUCACGAUGUUGGACUCAAGCCACUGCUGCCACCGGAAUCCGAAAACCCAGAGAGGGACUGCAUUGGACGACCAAGACAUCUCUUCUGUUUCCUUGCAGGCGAUGAACGAGUAAACGAACAAAUUCACCUGACUGUGCUGCACACCUUCUACGUUCGAGACCACAAUCGAAUCGCUGUGGAGCUAUCGAGGCUGAAUCCACACUGGGACGACGAAAGACUCUACCAGGAGACUCGACACAUCAUCGCAGCCACAGUGCAGCACAUCACUUACAACGAAUUCCUACCGAUGACUGUCGGGGACGAACUUAUGCAUCGCUAUAACCUCACACUGCUGAAAGAGGGAUAUUGGAACGGCUACGACGCCAACGUCAACAUGGCACUGUCCAACUCCUUCCAGGCAGCAGCGUUCAGAUUCGGCCAUACGUUUAUCCAAGGCAGAGUACGAAGAUACAAUAAGUUCCAUGAGUUCGUAGGCGAGGAUAUGCUGAGAAAUCUACUUCGACAACCGUUUAUUGUCUACGAGCCUGGAAAACUGGAUGAGUUGGUCGGCGGCCUGAUUAAUACUCCAGCGCAAACAUACGACCCAUUCGUUACAGAAGAAGUAACGAACCACCUAUUCCAAAACAUCGACGAACCAUUCGGAAAAGACCUGAUCGCCACAAACAUCCAGAGAGCAAGAGAGCAUGGAGUUCCUGGCUACAACGCCUAUCGGGAAUGGUGCGGCCUUCCGAGAGCACACACAUUUGCGGAUUUCGAACCAUGGCUCAACAACGGCACAGCCUUUAAAUAUUCGCAAGUUUAUAAACAUCCAGACGAUGUGGACUUAUGGAGCGGUGGAAUAUCUGAGCGAGUGCUACCAGGCGCCAUGAUUGGACCGACCUUUGCAUGUAUCAUUGCAAGGCAGUUCUCAAACCUAAGAAGGGGCGACCGAUUUUGGUACGAAAAUUCUGGCAUGCCGUCUUCUUUUACUCCAGAACAACUUCAAGAGAUUCGGAAGUCAACUCAGGCCAAGAUCAUCUGCAUGAAUGGCGAUGAUGUCCCAACUAUUCAGCUUUGGGUGAUGAGGCUACCACAUCCUAUCUACAACCCGCGUUACCGUUGCGAAGAUAUUCCAUCCAUUAACCUGCGGUAUUGGCAAGAAGAUCCUGUUCACGGCGGCUAUCUCUUCAAGAAGUGAAAUGGGCUCACUCUCCCCUAAGAAACUCAGUCAAUUUUAAGCUCUAUGUUGGAACCCGCAAUGUUCAGUGUGACGCGUGUUUCCAGAUAUGCUCACCAGGGACAUGUUUGGAAUCGUUUUAGCCAGCAUGUGAUCAGUACAAGCGAUUGCGAACAGACCGAAUGCCACGCAAUGGUGCCUUUGAGCUCCUUUUUCACGGUAAUGUUGUUUGACUGAGAUGCUUUUCUAUCGACAAAAUAAGAAAAAAUGGGAACACAGGUAGGAGGAGUGAACGUUUGUGCCAGAUUGCCGUUGUGUCGUUCGUGUUUGGUUUUGUUUAUUUUGUCCUUGUAGUGUUCAAGUUGAACCCAUGGUGCUUCCAGAAUUUGUUUUUAAAUACAAAUAAGUUUACAAGUAGCUUGUACAGUCAGAGACAAGUGGGAGCUGAGUGAAAGGUCUCUUUUCCACCUUUAACUAUUUUUUAUUUUACUAACAAUAUUCUCCAUCUAGUACACUAUCACAUCUUUGAGAUUACCGAUUAACUUAAAGGCUAGCACACUAACUCUGGGAAUUGAGUCUCAUAAUACUUCUAACUACUCCUAACUACUCCAUUACUUUGUACUGAACUCACUUUAACUGGUACUUGGACUUUUUUUUAUCUUCUAUGGUACGUGUGUUUGAGAAAUGAGCAGAUGACUUUGAGAAGCCGCUUUUAAGACGUUUUUGUACAGUGCUCUUUCACUUCCUUUUUCUCCUUUUUCUAGGCACGUGGUGUCAAACACUGUAUUUUAGAGAGUGUUAAGUUAAAAAGCGAGAAUGCGUGACCGUGA